CUAUUGAUCGGAGUACCACAGUGCGGCGGAAGUAACAGGUCACCAUCACAGACAGUCCUUUUACCACCUACUGAGCAUGAGAACUCGCCAAUACCGGUGGCUUUAUUUUGUGGAAGUGACCUGUCAACGCUUGCUGAACUUCGGGCGCAUUUGCAGUGUGGCAUACCGGUGAUUGUUUUACAGGAUGGCAGUGAACUGUGCGCUAUACUGAACAGUUCCUGGCUGUUAUAUCGCAGUUCCGCUUUUCAUUUUGAGAGCUGGUUGCAGUGGCUGGAUUUGGAACUGCGCAGUUUGGCACCGUUGAGUCAGCUGCACGGUGAUAAUUUGUUGGAGGAAGCAAAAGAAAACAUUGUCGCACUGCUUGCAGCCGGAUGCGGCGAAACACCGCUUCUCGCUUUCAUGCUUGUUGAGCAGGUAUCGAAUUUUUGCUCGUACAGCUCGGUGAAACCGAGAACAGCAAUAAGCAGAUGGCCGCGAAAUAUCUGA